ACGGGAUUUUGGAGGCGCCCGAACGGCGCGGAAGAUGGUAGAGCGGCGCUCGGUGCAGGGGUUCAAGCCCGUGCCGUGGCCUGCGUGGGAGCCGAGUUGUGGCAACACCAGGGGCGCCGGCUCCGCGACCUCCGAGUGCUACACUGAGGUCUCAUGGGAGAAUGGAGGGAUCUCAUAAAGCUACUUCAGAUACUGGAUCCAUCUAUUUCUUUGAUCAGUUGAAACCUAAAACCAAAAAAUGGAAAAAAGAAAUCUAUGAGGACCAGUUUUCACACUUAACUGAAAAUUAUGGUCAUAAGAAGAAAAAAUCAAAAGAACAAAAGCUUACCAGAGUGGGUACAGUAGCUUUAAUUGAGGAAAAGGAUAAGUCCCAUUCUCUUGGUUUCUCAGAAUCUCCUAGAAUGCUCAGCCUUUCUCCAAGUCCUAAACUCUCCAAAAUGUACUUGCAAAAGAACCUACUUGAAGAAUACAAACUAACUGCUCCUGAAAUACUAUAUGAACUUGGGAAAACAUUGCAGAAAUAUGCUGAGUACCAAAUGACUUUUCCUGUGGGGAUUGAGAAUCUCAUGAAUUAUAGUUGGCAAGAUUUUACAGAAGAUACUACACCUACAACACCAGAGCAAGACAAAGCUUUACACAGAGAUUCCAGUUCCAGUACCAUCAUUGACUCGAACAAUUUCAAAAUCAGCAACAAUCCAAAAGAAGAACUUCAUAAAGAAAAUCACCUGGUUAAAGCCAAAAAAGGUCUCCAUGUUGUACCAAGUAAACCUUUGGGAAAAAUGUCUUUUGUCAGGAAUAGCCAGUCUUCCCAGAUGUGCCAGGAAAGCAAUUUCUCUGCUGUCAUCCACUUCUCACUGUCAUCCAAGAUCUGUUUAGAAAAUGGUUGGAUCUUCAAUCAUCCUUAUUCCAAAUGGGAAAUUCUACAAUGGAAGACACUCCUCAGUGCUGCUGUGAAGAGACUACAAGUAGCCAUAAUUCAAAUAAAAUCAGAAGAAGCUAAGCUUAAAAGAGAAGGAUUCAACAAACAACUGAUUCUGCGCCAUUAUAACGACCCAGAACAGGAGGAGAUCAGAAGUUCCCCUCAAAGUUCUCAAAGCUUCUGGCUGCAGCUGCUGGAGAAGAAGCCUCAGAUGCCUACUGUCAGAGAGGUUGACCCAGAAAAGAAGAAAUUCCACUAUGCCCUGGUAGAUGGCUCCUCUCUGAUCUACUAUCCAUCUGGCCGCCUAGCUGUCUGCCAAAGCUAUUCUGAUCUCCCUUGGGGUGGUAUGUCCACCAACAUAUUCAGUGACUUACCAGAUUCUGUUAUCUUGGGAACCUUUACACCUUCUGGAUGUGGUAGUAUUUCCUUUCCUAACAGGAAAAUAAUAGCAAUGAUGUUUAAUCAGAAUGGAGGCAUGGUGAUCAGCAGAAAAGGACACAUCAUGAGAGAAUGGAUGUGGCCUUCAAAGGGAAAACUUGAAGAUCCAGUUGAAGUUGGGGUGAAUAACUUUAUUACUGUGAAGAUUUCUGGGCGCUUUGCUAUCACUUUGGUCUACAAAUGGCAUCCCAAAAGCCUGAAGCUGUCUCUAGCACCUGUAAAGCACAAAUUUUUGCCUCUAUGUUUAGCUGACAUGCCUACUGGUUCAGCAGACCAAUUGAUUACAAGCACUAUUGAUUCAUCAAUGGAUAUAAGCCCUAUGCAUGACUUUGUGACAUCUAUCAACCUGAGAAUGCUACAAAAGAAGGCCAAGCAUAUCUUCUCUCACUGGUUGAAUCACUACAGAUUUUCACUGGGAAUGGAAUCAAUAAACAUUUGCCAAACACCUGAGUUGCCACAAAAAGUGAUCAUCAAACAAAAGGUCUCUUUAACAACAGUUCCUCUGAAACAAGAUAUAAAUGAAAGUUCUAAGCAUAAGGAGUAUCUUCAAUAUCAAUAUACCUUCCAACCACUGAAGAAUGUCUUUAAGCUUUCACCUCCUUGUCGAAUUCAGAGGGCCUUAGCUAUCAAUCAGACCUCCCGGUUUUCUCUUCCCAGUGACAGAAAGGAUUCAUGUUUUGGUUCCCUGCUGAUUUGUCCUGUAGUCCUGAGGCAAACACUGUGUGGAAAGGAAGAGGAUACAUGCCGAUGUAGCCCUUACAGCAUUCCUGAAGUGACAGACCUGGAGUAUGAUAACCUUAUAAACAACCAGCUAGCCUCUACAGAUCAGAUUAUAAUCGUCUAUGUAUUCUCAGCUAAGGAAAAGGACAAGCAUAUCGAAGAAGUGACUAAAGUAUACAGAGAACUAAAUAGAUCCAGAACCAUGCCUUGCAUUCAGAGUCAUUUGGAUCCCUUUCGGUUGCUAAAAUACAACAUCUUGUCAGCAUCUAAAUUUACAGGCAGUGAUUGUCCACUUCUGGUUCAAAGACACAAUAUCACCCCAGGCAUUUUUUUGAUGUACAUUCAGGGAAAAUUAGUAUUUGCCAACUUUAUUUUCAAUGGAUAUAGCACAUCUGCUAAAGACCUUCAAAAACAAAUCGUGAAGACAAAGAAUGAUUACCGUAUGGGAUAUUUUCUUCCUAAAGACUAUAGGAUUGGGGCUUAAUCUACUUCAUGCCUUGGAAAUGAAGACACACCUCCUUU